AUGGAUCGGUCCAGGAGUCGAAGCCGUAAAGGCAACACUCCUCCAAUCCCAGAACAGGUUCAGAUUGAUGAUUCUCCGGUGUACAGAAUAGAAAGAAAACUGGGAAAGGGAAGCUUCGGGGAAGUUUAUGUGGGUCGAGCCAUCAGCCCUUCAACUUCAUGUGAUCAAACUGGUUUGGAAGCAGCAGAGGUUGCCAUAAAACUCCAGCAUAAACACGGCAAAGGACGUGAAGGUGGCAUCCCUACUGAGUGGAAAGUUUAUGAUGAUCUGGGCGAAGGUCAUGGCAUACCACUGCCACAAGUACAUUACAGGGGGCAACAAGGUGAUUAUCAUGUCAUGAUCAUGGAUAUGCUUGGACCUAGUUUACAAGCCACUUUGGACAACGUUAUCCCAAACUUGCCAUUGGAAGCAAUUGCAUGUAUUGCCGUUGAAGCUAUCUCUAUACUUGAGAAGUUGCACUCUAGAGGAUACAUCCAUGGUGACGUAAAACCAGGUAACUUUUUGCUUGGUCCUCCGGGGACUCCCGAAGAGAAAAGAUUGUUUCUGACUGACCUUGGAUUAGCUACAAGAUGGCAAGAUCCCUCCACCGGUUCGCACGUUAAGUACAACCAAACUCCAGAUGAUUUCAGAGGAACAAUUCCAUUUGCAAGUGUGCACACUCAACUUGGUAGAACGAGUAGCAGAAGAAAUGACCUAGAGUCUCUGGUUUACAUGCUUGUUUAUCUUAUCCGCGGUCAUUUGCCCUGGCAAAGUGAUCAGGGAGAGGAUAAAGCUUUCCUUGUUUGCAAGCGAAAGAUGGCCACUCCUCCAUACUCCUUGUGUUACACUUGUCCCAAGCCUUACCUGCAGUUCACCACGUUUGUGCUUAAUCUGAAAUUCGAUGAAGAUCCAAACUAUGCUAGAUAUAUUUCUCUCUUCCAAUGGAUUAUUCGUGAAAAUCCAUACGUUUGGCCCGUGCACAUCGAUUUCACUCAAGAGGUAGUAUAUCAGGUACCAUGUAAGCGAGCGCGGUUAAACGACGACGACGACCCAUCAAAGAAAAUACGGAUGGGGUUGAAAGUACCACAAUGGAUAAGCGUUUACGACGGGCAUCCACCCAUGAAGCAAAGAUAUUUCUCUAAUUUGGCCGACGCCAACCUCUCCUCACACUUUCAGAUGGGACAUGUGAAGGGACCGUAUGUCACCAGUGUGGCUUACAAUCCUGACUCAAAGUCAUGGGUCUUAAUAAUGGAUGAUAGAGCCGGCUACACUGCUCAAAGAAUUUAUGGUUUUUCACACCGUUCUCUUCCCGAGGAAUGGAUUAGGGACUAUUGGUCAAAGAACUACCACAUCACUGCAGUGGCUGGAGCAGAUGACGGCAGAUUUUUAAUUGUAAUGUCCAAGGGGACCCAGAGUGUUCAGCAGUCUUAUCAUGUUGCUAACAAAUUCCCUUUCAACUGGAUCAAGAAGCAGUGGGCAGAAGGUUUUCAUGUCACCGCCAUGGCCACUUCCAGGAGACAGUGGGCAGUAGUUUCGUCCAACGGAACCGGAUUUACUAACCAGGCCAUAGAGCUAGACUUUCAGUAUCCUGAGGAAGGCAUUCAUGAAAGGUCGAAGCAGGGCUAUUACAUCACUUCAGUCGUGGCCACUUCGGAUAAGGUUGCUGUUAUAAUUAGUAUUCCAGAAGGAGUACCAGCAACCGCGAGUGUAGAUCAAGAGACGCUCCUGACUUUCGGUUUUCCUGUUGAUAGUAAGAUCAAGUUUGCUCCUCCGAGGACUCCGGUUCUGCCUCGAUCACAAUCGGGUGAUUGA